AUGGAGGGGAUCCUGGGACCAGGGGACUCAGGGGCGCUGAGGAACAACCCUCCGUACAACGCGGGAGCCUUCCGCUUCGAGCUGACCUUCCCUACCGGCUACCCGAUGGCCCCCCCCCGCGCCACCCUCCUCACCCCCAUCUACCACCCGGGCGUGGACCCCCAGGGCGAGGUCUGCCAGCCCCUCACCGACCCCCAGCUCUGGGCGCCCACCACCCGCGCCAUCAACGUGCUGCGGGACCUGCUGCGGCUGCUGGACCACCCGGACCAGCGGCGGGUGCUGCAGCCACAGCUGGCCCGGGAGCUGCAGGACCAGCCCGAGGUUUUCCAGCGCCGGGCGGAGAAGCACACCCGCCGCCACGCCGAGCCUCGCCAGGGCCCCCCCGGGACCCCCGGGCCAUGACACAUUCCCCCCCCCUGGGGCCGGCUGGGCACCACGGGAGGUUCCUGCCUCCCUGCAUCCUGCGCCUGAGUUAAUAAAUUUAUUCCCGCUCUUGA